GGCCGCUCCUCCUUCGCUGGGCUGCGCUGUUCAUGCCUUCCUGUUGGUCCCGGCUGGGAGAAGUUCACUCUGAUCAGCUGAUUCCAACUGACAACAAGAGAGGAGGAAGCCUGAGAGGCAGUAGAGGAGGAGGGGGCGGAGAUGAAGCUGAGGAUGGAUCCACCGGGGCCCUAGAGCAGCCCAGGUCCCGUCGGCAACCCACGUCCUCCACACCGCCAAGCCGAGGCUGAGCAGCUCCGGGCAGCCCUGGAAACGUUGACUUGAGGUCCAGGUGUAUUGAAGAGCUCCUCACCACCUUAUUUCAUCACUAUGACUUUGUGAACCCAGCGGACCUCUCCGGGUGCAUCGGAGACUCUGUCACGUUCAUUCUUACCACAUCUUUCUCUGCACUUUGCAGAGGAUGAAACCAUCAAACUCAGCCGACAUUGCUGCUGAUACAAGAGACUUGGAGGCAGAGAAUUAAAAAUUUGAACAUUUGUGAGUGUGUAAAAAUUCUUAGCCAGACAGGUUUUCUUUUUGAAAGUGUUCAGAACCCUGUGGAAGCGCUAGCUGCCUUCAGACUCAAAGCCUUUGUCUUCCUUCAUUCCUGGGAGAGUGCAGGAGUGACUGUUCCGGGGGGUGCGUGGGUUCCAGACCAGUCUGAAGUUAUGAGUGCCCAGACUUCCUCAGCAGACAAGGGUCUAAAUCCAGGGCUCAUGUGCCAGGAGAGUUAUGCCUGCAGCGGGACUGACGAGGCUGUCUUCGAAUGUGACGAGUGCUGCAGUUUGCAGUGUCUUCGCUGUGAGGAGGAACUCCACCGGCAGGAACGCCUCCGAAACCAUGAGCGAAUAAGACUCAAAGCUGGCCACGUCCCUUACUGUGACCCCUGCAAGGGCCCCAAUGGGCAUUCUCCAGGUGUUAGGCAGAGGGCAGCCGUGAGGUGCCAGACCUGCAAAAUCAAUCUGUGCCUGGAGUGCCAGAAGAGGACUCAUUCAGGGGGUAACAAGAGGAGACAUCCCAUUACUGUUUACCAUGUCACUAAGGUCCAGGAAUCCCUGGAGGGGGAAGAGAUGGAUGAGGAGACCAAGAGGAAGAAGAUGACAGAGAGGGUUGUGAGCUUUCUCCUGGUAGAUGAAAAUGAAGAGAUUCAGGUGAGAAAUGAAGAGGACUUUAUUAGGAAAUUGGACUGUAAGCCUGACCAGCAUCUCAAGGUGGUUUCCAUUUUUGGAAAUACUGGUGAUGGGAAGUCCCACACCCUCAACCACACCUUCUUCUAUGGCCGAGAAGUCUUCCAAACCUCCCCUGCUCAGGAGUCCUGCACAGUGGGAGUGUGGGCAGCCUAUGACCCAGUCCAUAAGGUAGCGGUAAUAGACACAGAAGGACUCCUGGGGGCCACCGUGAAUCUCAGCCAGAGAACACGGCUGCUGCUAAAGGUCCUGGCUGUCUCAGACCUGGUCAUCUAUCGGACUCAUGCAGACCGGCUGCAUAAUGACCUCUUCAAAUUCCUUGGGGAUGCCUCGGAAGCUUACCUGAAGCACUUUACCAAGGAACUCAAGGCUACCACUGCACGCUGUGGCCUAGAUGUCCCCUUAUCCACUCUGGGCCCUGCAGUUAUUAUUUUCCAUGAGACUGUGCACACUCAACUUCUGGGUUCUGAUCACCCCUCAGAGGCACCCGAGAAGCUCAUCCAGGACCGGUUCAGGAAGCUGGGCCGCUUCCCCGAAGCCUUUAGCUCCAUUCAUUACAAGGGAACAAGGACAUACAACCCCCCCACAGACUUCUCUGGGCUUCGGCGCGCUCUGGAGCAGCUGCUAGAGAACAACACCACCAGGUCCCCCCGGCACCCAGGGGUCAUCUUCAAAGCCCUGAAGGCACUGAGCGACCGCUUCAGCGGUGAGAUUCCUGAUGACCAGAUGGCGCACAGUUCAUUUUUUCCAGAUGAGUACUUCACCUGCUCCUCGCUCUGCCUCAGCUGUGGGGUGGGAUGUAAGAACAGCAUGAACCAUGGCAAGGAAGGGGUACCUCAUGAAGCCAAGAGUCGCUGUCGGUACUCACACCAGUAUGACAACCGAGUGUACACCUGCAAGGCCUGCUACGAGAGAGGCAAGGAAGUCAGUGUGGUGCCCAAAACAUCUGCUUCCACCGAUUCUCCUUGGAUGGGUCUCGCAAAGUAUGCCUGGUCAGGGUACGUGAUCGAAUGCCCUAACUGUGGUGUGGUCUAUCGGAGCCGGCAGUACUGGUUUGGGAACCAAGAUCCUGUGGAUACGGUGGUGCGGACCGAGAUUGUACAUGUGUGGCCUGGAACUGAUGCUUUUCUGAAGGACAACAACAAUGCCGCCCAACGUCUGUUAGAUGGGAUGAACUUUAUGGCUCAGUCAGUGUCCGAGCUUAGCCUUGGACCCACGAAGGCUGUGACGUCUUGGCUAACGGACCAGAUUGCCCCUGCCUACUGGAGGCCCAACUCCCAGAUUCUGAGCUGCAGCCAGUGUGCAACAUCCUUCAAGGACAACGACACCAAGCAUCACUGCCGGGCCUGCGGUGAGGGCUUCUGUGAUAGCUGUUCAUCCAAGACCCGGCCAGUGCCUGAGCGGGGCUGGGGCCCGGCGCCUGUCCGUGUGUGUGACAACUGCUAUGAUGCCAGGAAUGUGCAGUUAGAUGUGACCGAGGCACAGGCAGAGGAUGAAGGAGGAACACUCAUUGCCCGGAAGGUGGGUGAAGCCGUGCAGAACACAUUGGGAGCCGUGGUGACAGCCAUUGACAUACCACUAGGCCUGGUGAAAGAUGCUGCCAGGCCAGCCUACUGGGUGCCUGACCAUGAGAUUCUGCACUGCCAUAACUGCCGAAAAGAGUUCAGCGUCAAGCUCUCCAAGCACCACUGCCGAGCCUGCGGACAGGGCUUCUGUGAUGAGUGCUCCCAUGACCGGAGGGCUGUCCCCUCUCGUGGCUGGGACCAUCCAGUCCGAGUCUGCUUCAACUGCAAUAAAAAGCCCGGUGACCUUUAACCCCAGCUCCCUCUCCGACUCCUUCACAAUUCCUUAGGUUCUCAGGGUUAGAAACAGUCUCACUGAGGUAGGCCCUCCUCCUGGUCACCUGUUGUGGUGUGUGGUGUGUGUGCUCUCCUCUCACGUCCCUGGGCCACUUUGCCUCAGUGGAGGUCAGCCUGGCGCUAGACGUGAAGGCAUGAACCACCUCAGGGCCCGGGACUGAGCAGCUCUCAGUAAAGUGGAAUGGACCCCAGUCCACUGCCUUUACUCCAGUUACAAAUAA